GCCGUACGGCUCCAGAGAGAACCACUGUGCAGUCCUCUCCUACUUCUCGGAGUUGUUCUGUAGCCAUGAACUCCGGUCCCAAGCAGCCCUUCUUCCGCUUCAAGCUGCCAUGGGAUUCCCCUCAGAACCCCACCAAGAUGAUGCCCAGCACCUGCGAUUUCGACACCCCAUGGAUGUUCAAGUCCCUGCAGAGCAUGGGUUCCCUCGCUUUCAAUUUCUUCAACAACUCCGUCUCGAAAUCCAGGCUUUUAGCCGCCUGCUCCGGAGAUGCGGCUCCGAGGUCGAAGUCAAAGAGGCUGAGCCCCGGAGAGCAGGGAGAGGCGGAGCAGAGGGCGUUCGCCUCGGCCCUGGCUAGUCAGAAGGAGGCGACGGUGUUAGAGUUCUACUCUCCCAAGUGCAAGCUUUGCAAUUCGCUGCUGAACUUCGUGCUGGAGAUGGAGGGGAGGAACAAGGAAUGGCUUAACAUCGUCAUGGCCGACGCCGAGAACGAGAUGUGGCUCCCCGAGCUCCUACACUAUGACAUAAGAUACGUCCCAUGCUUUGUGAUCCUGGACAAGCAAGGGAGAGCACUUGCGAAGACUGGAGUUCCGACCAGCCGAUUACAUGUAAUAGCUGGUCUGUCUCACCUUCUCAGAUUGAAGCGUCCGUAGAAGUAUUAGUCAUCAACAGCAUUCCCAAGAGAAGCAAGGGUCGAGACACCAUUGAUUAUGUUAGAUUGUAACUACGAACUUGUUUAUGUACAUAAGGAGAUCUUGGGGCGGCCUUGUCUCGCGUAAGCUCUUUGUUCAUGGAAAAGCCUGAAAGACAGCUUAUAGACAAGUCCCAGAUAUCAUGACUUGUUCUGUUUUCAAGCUACAGUUGAAAAUGAAAUUUGUGGGUUCUUGAAUCAU